AGGACAAAUGACACUGAAGACGUUAGCUAGUCAUAAAAAGUUUUCAUGCUUAACGAUUUCCGAAUGCUUUUCAGCGAAGAGCUGAAAUAUUAAUUUGUCGUCGAAUCGCAGUCAUAAUAUGGUAUAUAUGUACUGGCCGUUUACCAACGAAAUAUAUAUGCGUAGGGUUUUAGAAGUAUAAGCUGCUACAAAGCUACCUAGCUAACUGAUAAGCCUGUCAGAGCUGACCGAAUAAGGUGGGGAGUGCUCGCGAGCUACGCUAGCUAACUUAGCUGGCUAGCAAACUAGCUAAAUGUUAGCCAACGUCAUAACAUUUGAGAUAGCUUAGAGUCACGUUAACAUGAUUUGAUAGCCCCUUUGGAAAACACUAUGAGAAUUCCCGUCAGUUGACAGUAUUGGGGGAACGACAGAGAUGGCAGUUGCAGUUGACUGGAUAUGAGUAGCUAUGUGCGACUGUUCACAGUCACCUUCCUCUUUCCUGGAACAUUCAUUGUGAGUCAUCCUCUUCCAGCAUAUUGGAGGGAAUAUUCAGGAUGAAGAAAAUUACUUUUAAGACAAUUAGAAAGUCCUUAAACAUAAAAGGGAAAGAAGAGAAUGAGUGUGCUGUAUCACAGCCAGACCUGUCUGCUCAUUUCCCUGGGGAAGAGUCUCUUUAUGGAGGCUGCUACAGCAAGGAGCUUAUUGGAUGUGACUUGGACGGUGAAGAAGUAAAAGGAUCCAAAAGCCGACCCAAAAGUGAGAGCCUCAUGGGUACUCUAAAAAGGAGACUGUCGACAAAACAGAAGCCAAAAGUCAAAGGGAGUUCUCCAUCUGUUUGCUCCUUAGAAGAUGACACUUUUUCCUCGUCCUCUGCACCCAUCACUUUCAAUGACCUGAAAUCCCAGCAUUCUUCCCGCUCUCUGCGGAGUCAUCAUUACAGCCCCACUCCAUGGCCCCUGAGACCAACAAACUCAGAGGAGACAUGCAUCAAAAUUGGCGGCAACGUGAAGCCACUGAUCAAUUCAUCAGGCUCCAGCCCAGCUCUCAAUGGCAUUCGGAAGGACUUACUUGAACUCCAGCAAGAUAACCUGUUUGAGGAGACCAGCAGUUCGUUGAAAGGUCCUGACCCUCACGUUGACGAUUUGCAUCUUGAAAUGGAUGAUCAUGUGCCUGUAGUCAUUGGUCUCUCAGCUCAGGAUUACAUACAGUACACAAUGCCUUUAGAUGACAGAAUUUACCCCGAGGAGGGCCCUCGCUCUUUCUGCUUGGAUGGCACUUCACCCAUGGAUGUGGUGCCACAGACUGAUGGAUGUUCCCUUCCUGUGGAUGAGGUACCUGUUGAUCAUGAUCUUCUAUCACCGGACAUCUUCAUGGAACCAUCGGUCAACAGGAUUCUGCUGACCACUGCAAAUGCCCUGCUGCAUGGUUCCAGACUCGAUGCCCCUCUUUCCCCUUUGCUAACACCACUGCCUGGGGGUCGCCUCCCCAGGAACCUUUCUGAGUUUAAUGGAACGCACACUCAGGUUGCAGAGUCGGUCAUACACCAUCUUAGCUUUGACCCCAGCUCUGCACCAGGAGUGCGGCGAGUCUAUGAUGCGGUGCAGAAUAGUGGGCCAAUGGUGGUCACCAGUCUCACAGUUGAGCUCAAGAAACUAGCUAAGCAGGGCUGGUACUGGGGCCCCAUCACACGGUGGGAAGCUGAGGAGAAGCUGGUCAACCUUCCGGAUGGUUCCUUCUUGGUCCGCGACAGCUCUGACGAGCGCUAUCUCCUAAGCUUGAGCUUUCGCUCGCAGGGAAAGACACUCCACACGCGGAUAGAGCACUCCAACGGCAGCUUCAGCUUUUAUGAGCAGCCGGACGUGGAAGGCCACACGUCGAUCGUGGAUCUUAUUGAUAACUCUAUCAGAGAUUCAGAAAACGGAGCGUUCUGCUACUCUAGGUCACGCCUGCCUGGCUCCGCCACCUAUCCUGUUAGACUGACCAAUCCUGUGUCACGAUUUAUGCAAGUGCGAUCACUGCAGUACUUGUGUCGUUUCGUUAUUCGUCAGUACACACGUAUCGACCUGAUCCAGAAAUUGCCUUUACCAAACAAAAUGAAAGAUUACUUGCAAGAAAAACACUAUUGAACCUAUUGGAAGCCAACUGUAUGGAAUAUUAUUUCUUCUUGCACUUUUGGUAUGUUGACACACAAGGUGUUACAUUUCUGGGCUCAUACGAUGUCAUUAAACUACAUGUUUUACAUUUUUUUGUCAGAAGAGAAGGGUGAUGUUUAGUGUUAGACUAGCUCAGCAGUUGAGCAGAUCAAGUGCUAGGAAUAUGGCUUGAGUGAUCAGAGUGUGUGAUUGGAGUACCUUCUGCAUGCUUAUUUGGAAUUAUGUAGUAUUUUUGCUUAAAUUUCAGAAUCAAAGCAAUCUAAAGAACAAUGUUAUUUUAAUUGUCUAUACCAAUUGUGAGAUUAGCAAAAAAAACAAAAAAACUCCAAGUAUUUAGGGCAUUCCCAGUCUUUGGUGUGCAGUGCACAGUGGUAUUUUUGCCUUAUUGAUGGCAGUUUAUUUGUUGAGGGAUGAGUGUUGGCUUUUUAAAAUGCAAUCACUUGUUUUGGUUUUGUUUGGUUUUUUUGUUUGUAUAUUUUCGGGGGGUGGGGGGGGUUUUAAAGUGGCACUGUUCAUUAAACUACCCAUGGUCUCAUCAGGAUACAUAUUGCACUAUAGGAAUUUAGGCAGUUACACUAAUAAGCUAUAUUAGCUGUUCAUAUUUCAGUUUACUAUCUCCACUUUUUUAAAUGUUUAUUUCUGGUUAUUUGUUUAGCAUUAAAUUCUAUAGCACACAUGAAUCCAAGAACAGAAUAGAGUAAAGUUCUUUUAAACUGAUUUUUAUUGUUACAGAAUUUAUAUUUUGGAUUUAUCCACUUUAUUUUCUUAUUAUUUUCUUAUAAGUAAAGAAAUCCUUGACAAUUUAAAUGUCCCCAUUGUUUACAUUCCUUUCCAGGUAUAAUGCUCUGGAUUAAUUUUGAUCAUUGCUAGAAAUGUGCAAGAAAUUAAUGGUGGCAUAAACAAAAUUAAUGGUACAUAAUUUUUAAUGGUACUGUUAUUUCUCUCUUUCUCUUUUUUGUUUUCAGUGGGGGGGUUGUUGGAACAAAAUUGACUUAUGAGUUAUGAGGCACCAUAUUGUAAAACAAGAACAAUACAUGUGGUUCUCAAUGUUUUUUAAACAUGAUCCCUUUUUUAUUUACCUUAAUUUUUGUUUGUGUUAUCAGGCCUAGAAUUCUUUAUAGCCUUGACUCCAGGGUUCUUUGUUUACAUUUAAGUCCACUUACAGCAAUGUCUUGGUUCUUAUAGCACAGUGUCUCUUGUCUUAUUUUGACAUUAACGGCCAGAAUGCUUGCAGAGCUUAUACAAAAAUGAUUGUGAUCAUGUUACUUCAUUUUGUGACUGCGAUUUAACAGGGAUUUCGUUUUAUUGCAAAGGUCUGCAUUACUCUGUGGGAAGACCUUGUGUUUCAUUAGAACACAGAAUCAUUUCUGUGGUUUGUUAAAACACUUGUGCAUAGUUGUACUGCUUAAACCCACAUGACAUUAGGUUUGUUACAGUACGCCUAUGAAUAAAUCAAAUGCAUUGUUUGUGGCACUUUGCAUUUAGUUGAUCGCAAAGGCUUAAAUAUCAGUAACAGUUAGCCUGAUAUUCCAUUUAUUAUGCAGCCUUACUAAAAAGCCAGCAGGCACUUCUCUUUAGCUAGGUGCACAUUGCUGCUUGUGCGUCCCUUGUCUGGGUGUGUGUUGAUGUCCUGGGUCGUGUUUCUUUCCUUCUUUCAGUGUCAUAGUAUUUGUGGCCAUCACCAUUGUUUGCCUUUUAAAUGUUUGCCCACUACAGCAAACUUGCAACAAGUCCCUUUGAUGGAAUUUGACCUCUUUCAGAACUUUCGGAAUAAGAGCACUGUUAUUGCUAAAUUGCUGUUUCUGUCUGUGUACAUGGAUAUAUAGUAGCCUUGAGUAAGAGCUCCGUUUCUUGACAGGCUUACUGGGAGGGGGCAUGGUUCUAAAUUGCUUCUCUGAUUUACUUAUUUGUGAUUAGGUUGCAUUGAGUAAUGUGGAUGAAUUAGGGUUUGAGGUGUGGUGUGGAAGAUUUUUGAAGUGUAUUUUGAAAGAUGGGAGGAACAUUUCCUGUGUUUCAGAAUGACUAAUUUGUGCUGCCACAUAUUGCAUUAUGGCAGAAUGGCUCAUAAUGCUAUGUUAUGGAGGGUUUUGACAAGAAUGAAUGAUGCGAUCUCAUCCUUGUUAGGCUGCAAUCCUUUUCCAUGCACAUGUUUUCAAGAUGGUAAAUUAAUUGCUAUGUUGAGCAUAUGACAAAAUAAGUGGUGUGUUUAUGAAUGAAGAUUGAUUUAAUGAUGCCCACAUCUGAAGUGUUCUUGGGAUUUCUUUUGUUGGUACUUUUAUUUUCUGUUUUAAUGUAUGGCCUUCUGUUUUAUUCUGCCCUUCUAGUUCAUUAAUAAAUCUUCAGGGCUGAAUAUCGGCCUAGUUUAUUAAUAAACGAAGAAGUUGGUCAAAAAUGUUGGAUUUGCUGUCAUGGAGGAUGUGUAGGUGUGAAUGUUUGUUUUUCAGAUGGGAGUUGAUUUUGUUGUGCUCUUUAUUCCACCCACGUGGUGUGGCUGCAGCGAAAAUGCCCUUCAUUUUGCAACCUUUUUCAAAUUUUCAUUGGGAGUUUGAUGGACAUUCUAGCAUAUUUUGAAUCUUUAAAGGGAAAGCUGUGUAUGGAUUUAUUGCACAUUUUGAACUAAAUGUUUCUUUUUAUACUUACUCUAAAAUGUUAAUAAAAACCUAUUCUGAAAUUUGUUUUAGUGUUAUGUUUGAAAAUGUCAAAAAUAAAAGUAGAAUGUAUGCGA